AUGGCAUUCAGAGCUUCGGGACCCCUCUUCUCUUCUCUCAAGGGUAGAGCUGUCCGAUCUCUUUCUGCGCCAAGCACAUCCAGCAAGCCUAUCCGGUUUUUCACGGCCUUCGCUUUCUUGGGAGGAGUAUCUUGGCUUACUCUUUCUACCGAGGACAAAUACAAAGAGCGAUUCCUAUCACCUUUUGUGACACAUGCAGAUUCAGCACCAUCGGAUCUACGAGAUGAUCCCAAGUCCAAAUUACCCUUCAGAGUCGAUCCGGACACGAAUCUUCAAUUCCCACUUGAGCUAUCCUCUUCACUCGCUACACCUUCUCCGCCUUUAUCGCUAGUUGGUCUCGGGGUUAGGAAAGUCUCUUUCCUUCGAGUAAAAGUGUACAGUGCAGGCUUUUAUCUUGAUGAGGCAAUAACGAAGGAGCUACACAAUAUACCAGGAUGGCAUACAUUCACAGCUCAGCAUCUGCUGACGCCGCCCACUACAUCUCCUUCGGAUCCUCUGUCCGCUCCUCAGAUGUCAGGAGAGAGCUUGAUGAAGGAAUUAUUUGAAAAACCAGUAGUUGUGGCUGUCAGGAUAGUACCUAAUCGAAAUACUGACUUUGGACAUCUUCGCGACGCCUUUACUCGAGCUCUUCAAGCAAGACAGAAAUUGGCUAGAAAUCAAGGCUUGUUGACGGACGACGAUGAGCAGCACAUAACUCAAUCAAUUCAAACGCUCAAAUCUUUCUUCCCUGCUCAGACGGUACAAAAAGGACAGCAGGUCGUCUUGCUCCGUCCGAGAGACGGCGGGUUGAUAGUUGAAUUUGAGGGCAAAGUGUUGGGGAAAUUGAACGACCCGUGGAUAGGUAAACAGCUCAUGUUGACCUACUUCGCUGACAAAGAAGUUGUUUCUCAACCACUCAAAGAAGACGUCGCAAGAGGAUUAGAAGGUUUCAUCAAGACAUAA